UUAUAAACUCUUAAUCGGGCACUGUAGAAAAGUAAAAGGUUUUACGUUACACUUUCUGCGUUCAUUUUACGUUACGAGUGAAGCGGGUCCAUUAAUCUGUCCUAUGUUUCCUACCGGACAUGUUUUGGUCACGCGAUGUCACAAAUCGACCUCCCGUUUACAUGUCCCGCCUUCUAAACACCGAACGUAGCUCUGAUUGGCUCUAGUCCUUAUUCCUUCAUCCUGUUUACCGACGAUGUCAGCGCUGAUUGGAUAUCGUCAGUGACAGUUUUAUGUCAGUUUGUCUCGUUAGUAUUAGUUAACUCCCGCUUCCAUACAUUACGUCAUUACACGAUAUAACUUCCUACGAAGUUUUCGUUUAAUUUUCAUUCCUUCAUUACUUCAUUCUUCCUCCACAGUGGAAGAAUCUAGCCUUAAACAUGCUAUGUUGCUACAAAUCAGCUCAGGCUGCCGUUACAGCGUCCACACACGUGCAGUUCCGAUAACUGUCACUGAUGGAGCUGUUGGACAGAAACCUUCGUCCUACAGUGAGAAAAUGGCGGACUGUAAAGGUGCCACAGACUCUACGCUGACCGUCGGUGAGUUCAUUUGUCGGCCAGCAGCGCCAGUCUCCCCCUGGUGUCUGUGUUCAGGAGUUCACCUGAGGGUCAGACACCGACGACAGACAAACCACCGUCAUCAUCAGGUCUGGGUCAGGACAGCAGAGAGACACAGAGGACGAGGGACGCUGCUGACAGGUGUGGAACCAACAACCCCGUCUUCAGCUGAAGUCAUACAGCGGCGGGGCCGCCACGUCCCUGGGCUGUGACACCUCAGGCUGCAGUGACGAUGACGAGACUUUACACCGAACCAGUCCGGUCCCUGUGUUUGAGCACCAUCCCAGAUCGUCAUAGUUCUUCUUCCCACCGCCUUUGUCUGAGACCCGGUGAAGAUGGGCUGCUGCUCGGCUCGGUGCACGCUGGUCCUCCUCUGCUGCCUGCAGCUGAUAACUGCCCUGGAGAGGCAGGGGUUCGACUUCCUGGGCUACCAGUGGGCCCCCAUCAUGAUCAACUUCUUCCACAUCAUCGCUGUCAUCCUGGGCCUGUUUGGAAUCAUUCAGUACAGAACCCGCUACGUGAUCCUGUACCUGCUGUGGACACUGCUGUGGGUCGGAUGGAAUGUCUUUGUGAGCUGCCUCUACCUGGAUCUGGGAGGACUUUCAAAGGACAGCGACGUCCUCACUCUGGGAGUGUCGUCUCAUCGCUCAUGGUGGAAGGACAACGGCCCGGGGUGUCAGAGUGACAGCCCACCCUCCGCCGUGUGGCACGACCAGCCGAACCCUGAGCUGACCACGGUGGUCAGCUGCUGGCUGGAGUACCAGUACAUAGAAAUACUGCACUGCAUCGUCCAGCUCCUGAUAUCUCUCUUGGCCUUCGUUCACACCUGCUACGUCAUCAGUACUUUCUCCGAUGAGGACGACGGCUUGAAUUUCAUCGGUGAUUUCCAUCAUCCAUCCAAACCUCACUUCUUCUUCUAGUAAAAAGACAUGUUGGAUUAUAAAUAACUGCCGCAGAGAAGGUUCAGAGACGAACGGGAAGAAGACGGAAACGUUUUGAAGAGAUCGUCGUCGUCCGUCAACUUCGGUCGAGUCGUCGAUGUCCACGGUCAUUGUGUCAAUAAUAUCUUUACCUCAACCAUCCAGAUGUGUGUGCGUGUGAGUGGCCAAAACACAUAAAGCUGUAGCUUUAAGAAAACACUGUCUAAUCCCUCGUGUAAAUGCGUGAUGUGUUCGUUUAGUUAGAAGAAAGUCGUGUCCAGUUUUUUUAGUCUAUAAUACUGUGUACUGUUUGGGAAUCAACAUACGUCGGAAAUACAGAUCGCAGUACAUUACAUUUCAGAGUAAAACAUGUCACAUUUUGUGUAUUUAUUUUUCUGAGAAUACCCACUUGUCUUAACUGUAUUGUCUGUGUUAUCUAGGCUUCUUGUUAUAAUGUAUUAAACACACGUACUGAAGGUGGAACUGAUGUCCCAUUUUUAC